AAACACUACGGCGAAAGUUCGAAGACGAGAAAUAAUUUGUUCGGCUGCAGUUUGUCAUUAACUUUAGUUGAAUUUUGCUUAAUUAUAAAAUGAGUCAACUUACAACUUUUAUAAUAACGACCGGAACGAUCACGGCUCUAAGUUUUGUUUUGUCAAGGAAGAGCAAACGAAAAGAGGAAGAUGAUGAAAAAAGUAUGGUUGAAAAAGUAUUGUCCUCGUCGGAUAAAUCAUGGAAAAGAGUUGGGAAAGUCAAGGAUUUGUUAUUUUACCCACUGAAAUCGGGAAGAGCUCAAUCGGUCACACAGUGCCUUUUCGGAGAGUUUGGUAUAAGCGUUGAAGAAGCUGGAAACUUUUGCUUGAAAGAUAGGAUGUUUUUAGUUUACAAUCAUAAAACUGGAGAGUUUAAAACUGGCCGGGAUUAUCCGAAAUUGUUAACUGUAAAAUUGCUAGCAGUCAACGAAAAGCGCGCCAAAUUAGAAGUUAGUGGAAUAUCAUCGAUAGAAUUUGAUCUUCCAAUGGCCACCGAUGACACGGUAAAAAUUGUUAAUUGUUCCAUGUGGUGGGGGGAACCAGUCAAAUGCAUCGAUUGUGGAUCUGCCGCCAGUUCAUGGUUAUCAAAAUUUUUACUCGGAUGUGACGAAGGUUUGAGUCUUGGUUUGUGCAUAUCGAAUGGCGAUCGACGAAACGUCACCGCUGGAAGCGUUUGGGAAAGACACGCUCAAAUUUACAAGACACUGAGGAAUGAAGACACGGUAUCAAAUUUGAACCUUUUCGUCGAUGCCAGUUACAUGCUCAUGUCGGUGUCAUCGGUCGAUAAUUUGAACGAACGAUUGAUCAAACCAAUUCCAAUUUCGCAACUGAGACCAAAUAUUGUCGUCGACGGAUGUCCACCUUUUGCCGAAGACGAAUGGGAAUGGAUAAAAGUAGGCAACGGUGUGAUUUUGCGAAAUAUUAAACCUUGCACUCGAUGUACAAUGGUACGAGUUGACCCUGAAACGGGUAUUCCUGAUCCAGAAUACGAACCACUAAAAACUUUAAGAACUUACAGAAAAUUGAAAAAUUCAGCAAUGGACGCUCUCGAAAAACAUGCGCCUGCAAUCGGUAUUUAUUGCGGUGCGUAUCAAACCGGUUCGGCUUGCAUUGGUGAUGAUGUUUAUGCAUAUACCAAAUGAAAUUCGAGUGAAUGAAAAAGGAAUAUUAUUA